AUGAGCGCAAAGCGAACGCAACCCCAAUGGUGUGCACCCGACUCGACCACUACUACCACCGAUGGCCACACAAUGACUGCCAAUAAGCUAUUCCUCUACAACUCGAUGACCCGCACGAAGACUGAGUUCGUGCCUCUGAGUGGCGGCCGAAGAGUGAGUUGGUAUAACUGCGGGCCCACAGUGUAUGACAGGUCACACAUGGGUCACGCCAGGAGUUACAUCUCGUUUGAUAUCAUCCGCCGCGUCCUCCAGAACUACUUCCGAUACGACGUGUUCUUUGUUCAGAACGUGACGGACAUCGACGACAAGAUUAUUCAGAGGGCCCGACAGAAGCAUCUCUUCGCCCAAUACUGUCAACGCGUUGAACACAAUGGGCAUCAACUGAUGGCCGACGUGAAGGAAGCCAUCGGUCACGUGACGACCAAAUUGGCCGCCGAAGCAGAUGUGGAUAAGAAGGCAUUGUUGACCAAAAUGAUCGCUUCCGCCGGCGAUAGUGUGAACAGUACUGCGUUGGAUGUGAAGGCAAUUCUUGGCACCGCUUGUGUGAGUGAUGUGUUGUCUCAAUGGUUGGAUGCACUCCACGGCCACGAAGUGACUGACAAUACGAUCUUCCAGUCGUUGUCCCGACAUUUCGAGAACGACUACAACGAAGACAUGCGUUCGUUGAAUAUCUUAGCGCCUGAUUCGGUGACCAGAGUAUCCGAGUUUAUGCCCGAAAUCAUCGCUUAUAUCGAGACAAUCAUUGCCAACGGUUACGCCUAUGAGUCGAACGGUUCCGUCUAUUUCGACACCAAUCGGUUCGACUCGUCUGACCGACACUUUUACGCCANUAUUUCGACACCAAUCGUUCCCGAAGCGUUCGGCGAUAACAAGGCUUUGGCCGAAGGAGAGGGCGACCUCUCGGCCCACACCUCUGAUAAGCGCAGUGUUAAUGACUUCGCCCUCUGGAAAGUGUCUAAACCCGGCGAACCCUUGUGGCCGUCGCCGUGGGGUAGGGGUCGUCCCGGUUGGCACAUAGAGUGCUCAGUGAUGGCCAGUUCUAUGAUCGGCGCCCAAAUGGACAUACAUUCGGGCGGUUAUGACCUGAAGUUUCCGCAUCACGACAACGAAAUGGCUCAGUCGGAGGCCUAUUACGACACCGGCCGGCCGUGGGUUCACUACUUCCUACAUUCAGGUCAUCUCACGAUAUCGGGCUGUAAAAUGUCGAAAUCGCUGAAGAACUUCAUCACCAUUAAGGAGGCACUGACGAGGAAUACGUGGAGACAAUUGCGGUUCGCAUUUCUGCUCCACUCGUGGAAAGAGACCCUCGACUACAGCGACAACACUAUGAGUGAUGCCAUUCAAUACGAGAAGUGCGCUAAUGAGUUCUUUCUAACAGUGAAAGACUUGAUUCGUACGAGUGAUGCGUCGGUCGUAAAGUGGACUCAAAAGGAGCACCAAUUGAACCAAAAAUUCCAAGAGUCGAUCGAUUCGGUGGACACUUCUCUGUGCGAUAAUAUCGACACUCGGAGUGCGUGCGAACACAUCCGUCGACUCAUCGCUGCCUCCAAUUCCUAUCUCCAGGAGUGCUCGCAAUCACCGAAUGUGACACUCAUUACGAAUAUAAGUCUUUAUAUCACAAAUAUAUUCGGCAUUUUCGGUGUCGGCUCUAAAGACCAGACCAUAGGCUUUACCAGCGAUGGCGUCGAAGCCGGUGGUAAUCGGGAAGCGAUUGUUAUGCCAUUCCUUGAGAUAAUUGCCGAUUUGAGAGAGAAGUUGCGCUCAAAAGCUAUGGAUUUAAAAGACAAAGAAUUGUUGGGAAUAUGCGAUCAAUUAAGAGAUGAAAUAUUACCAGAAGUUGGCGUAAGACUCGAAGAUUACGAAUCGGUGGCCGGUGUGACCAAAACGCGGCUAAAACUGGUCGAUAGGCAGACGUUAAUGAAG